AUGAAGGCGGCAUCAGCCAUCUUCUUGCUGGCUCUCGCCCUUGGAAUAUCGUCAGCCGAGGAUCAUGUCGUCGAAUUCAGCCUCAGCAGGGGUUCAGUCUUGAGAACCGGCCUCAGCCUACCCCCUCUGGCUCGGCGCGCGACCUUGACAGAGGACCUCAUCAACAACAUCACAGACACGGCCUACUUUGUCGACGUCGAAGUUGGCUCGCCUGGGCAGAAGGUCUCUCUGCUCUUCGAUACCGGGAGUAGCGACACAUGGGUCAUCAGCUACCGCGCUAAUUUGUGCACCGAUCCGAGCGUCCAGCUAACACUCAAUUCCAAGUGCCUCGACACAUAUGAUCCCGCUAAGAGCUCGACGUACAGCCUGGUUCAGACUGGAGGCUUGAACAUCAGCUAUAUCGCUGGCGCUGGUGCGUUUGGCGACUAUAUUACAGAUGACCUCAGUAUUGGGGGAGCCGUCAUCAAGAAAUUACAGAUGGGCUAUGCUACAGUCGUUCCCCAGGCCUAUGGGAUCAUGGGCCUUGGCUUCAGCUCCAACGUUGCCACGCGGAGUAAAUACCCGACCAUCAUGGAUCAGCUGUCCAGCCAGGGCCUAAUAACAUCCAAGGCCUUCUCGCUGUAUCUAAACGAUGUGCGGUCGGACGGUGGCACCAUCCUGUUUGGCGGCGUCGACCAGGACAAGUUCAUUGGGCCGUUGACGGUUUUACCCAUCGUCAGGAGCAUAUUCACCGGCAACUUCACGCAGUUCGAGGUGAUGGUAUCGGCCCUGUCGCUUUGGUUCACUAACGGCACUAAGACCGACCUCAGCUCGCCCGUCCUCACAGCCUCGCUGCCCGCGAUUCUCGACUCAGGCACCACCCUGACCUACCUACCCAACGAUCUUGCGCUGCAAGUUUUCAGGGCGGUCGGCGCCGCAACGUACGGCGUCUCGGGCUUAGCUUUCGUGGACUGCGAGCUUCCGAACCUCCAGCCGGAACUCACCAUGAACUUCACCUUUGGCAGCGCCACCAUCUCCGUGCCCGUGCGCGACCUCGUGCUCGACCUGCUCGGCGCCUCCGCCUCUACGAUUCCCGGACUGCCCUUCAAGAGGUCCUGCUACUUCACCAUCCAGUCGAACGCCGGCUUUCAGGCGAGCCAGCGGACGCCCAACUACGCGCUGAUUGGCUCAAAUUUCCUCCGCAGCGCGUACGUGGUCUAUGACAUGGACAAUCUGCAGAUCGGCAUCGCCCAAGCGAACCUCAACAGCACCACGUCCAAAAUUUCCGAACUCAGAGCCAACGGCUCCGCGACUGGCGGCCUGUCUGGCUUGACCGGUGUCGCCGCACAGCAGACAUCAUCCACACCCACCACCACCGCGACGACGACGACCAGGAGCAGCGGCACGACGGCGAAUGGCGGUGGCGGCGGCGGCGGCUUGUCCGGGACAGGGAGCAGCGAGAAUAGCCCAACCCCCACGGUAACGGUCGUUGUCCCGGGCCGCAGUGCUGGAAGCACUACCACUGGGGCACCGCCAUUAGCAGCAGCGGUGGUCGCCGCAUGUAUUCUUUGUUUUGCAUUCACCAUGUUUUGA